UUCUAGUUUUGAAGCGCAUGAAGAAGCUGUGCAGACAUUCAGAUUUGACUCAACCUCUACAGUCCAGACCUGAAAAGUUUGCCUGUGAAACCGGGGGAAGCCUGAGUGGUUACUUCGUGACAUCCAGUCAGACAGCAGACAAACACUGUAACCGUAAACAUGGCGUCUUCAGAGCUCGCACUUUUGAGUGUGUCUGACAAAACUGGACUUGUGGACUUUGCUAAAAGGCUAGUGGAUGUGGGUCUGUCUCUGGUGGCCUCAGGUGGCACAGCUAAAGCCCUGAGAGAUGCUAAAAUGGCUGUCAGGGAUGUGUCUGAGCUCACUGGACACCCAGAGAUGCUGGGGGGCAGAGUGAAGACCCUCCAUCCUGCGGUCCAUGGAGGUAUCCUGGCCAGGAAAAGCCCCAGUGACUCGGCAGACAUGGAGAAGUUGGGCUACAGUCUGGUCAGAGUGGUGGUUUGCAAUCUCUACCCUUUUGUGAAGACCGUCUCUAAGCCAGAUGUUACUGUGGAGGAUGCUGUGGAGCAGAUAGACAUCGGUGGUGUAACUCUUUUGAGAGCAGCUGCCAAGAAUCAUGCUCGGGUCACCAUCGUGUGCGAUCCUGCUGAUUAUUCACUGGUUGCCAAGGAGAUGGAAGGUUCAGGAGACAAAGAUACAACCCUGGAGACUCGCAGGACUCUGGCUCUUAAAGCGUUCACGCACACAGCGCAGUACGAUGAUGCCAUAUCAGACUACUUCAGAGGACAGUACAGCCGUGGGGUUUCUCAGCUGCCUCUGCGUUACGGCAUGAAUCCUCACCAAGCUCCAGCACAGCUCUACACCCUGCGCCCAGCACUCCCCCUCAAAGUGGUCAACGGCUCUCCUGGCUUCAUUAACCUGUGUGAUGCUCUGAACGCCUGGCAGCUGGUCAGAGAGUUAAAAAGCACGCUCGGCAUGGCUGCUGCCACCUCCUUCAAACACGUCAGCCCUGCAGGAGCUGCAGUUGGAGUUCCUCUGACUGAAGAGGAAGCUAAAGUCUGCAUGGUGCAUGACAUGAUGAACGAUCUCACCCCACUGGCCACAGCCUACGCCAGAGCAAGAGGCUCAGAUCGAAUGUCUUCUUUUGGAGACUUCAUCGCUGUGUCUGAUGUGUGCGACGUUCCCACUGCCAAGAUAAUCUCAAGAGAGGUGUCUGAUGGUAUCAUUGCACCUGGUUAUGAUGAGGAGGCACUGAAGAUCCUCUCCAAAAAGAAGAAUGGGAACUACUGUGUGCUCCAGAUGGAUCCAGACUAUGAGCCUGAUGAGACUGAGGUGAGAGUGUUGUUCGGUCUCUACCUCAAACAAAAGAGGAACGGAGGAAUUAUCAACAAGGAGUUCUUCAGCAAUGUUGUGUCAAAGGGCUCGCUGUCUGAUGAAGCCAUACGUGAUCUCACUGUGGCCACCAUCGCUGUCAAGUACACCCAGUCCAACUCUGUCUGCUACGCUAAAGACGGUCAGGUGAUUGGUAUUGGUGCAGGUCAGCAGUCUCGUAUCCACUGCACCCGUCUGGCAGGAGAUAAGGCUGAUAACUGGUGGCUGAGGCACCACCCUCGUGUCCUCACAAUGAAGUUUCGCAGCGGAGUGAAGCGUGCGGAGAUGGCCAAUGCAAUCGACCAGUAUGUCAGCGACACCAUCGGAGAGGGCCCAGACUUGGCAGUGUGGAAGUCGAUGUACGAUGAGGUGCCUGAGCCUCUGACUCAGACUGAAAAAAAGAACUGGAUCAGCUCCCUGCAGGCCGUGGCUGUCAGCUCUGACGCCUUCUUCCCCUUCAGAGACAACAUAGAUCGUGCCAAACGGAGUGGUGUGGAGUACAUCGCAGCUCCAGCUGGCUCUGCUGCUGACUCGGUUGUGAUUAACGCCUGUAAUGAGCAGGGCAUCACUCUGGUGCACACCAACCUGCGGCUCUUCCACCACUGAGCGAGCAUCUAUGCUCUUACCAGGUGUUCUUCGGUCUGCACUCACAGUUCAUCAUUAUCACUGAGUCUAAAUCUUUUUCUAACCUCACUGACACUCGAAACAUUCCUCCUGUCAUUAUGCUGCAGUGUGGAGAGCUGUUACAAUGUUUGUAACACACUACUUACAUUCCUGAAUGUGAAUUUCACAUUAGAGAGGUGAAUUAACUGUUUACACUCGGUCUAGGUCUUUCACAUUUCAGAGUGAAAUAAAAUGUUUCUGACAGA